UUACGUGUGCAGUGUGUGCUCUGCAUGCAGUUUUAUGUUGCUUAUGCUGCGCUGUCCAGGGGUAAAAGUGUAAUGAAAAAUUACACGCACUGCCACCGUGUAGCGGAAGGCAAACAUGCGUUUCAGUGCGUUUUCGCCUCUGCUGCUGUGCGCUGUUCGAUGCAUCUUCCAAUCGUCUGUCCGUAGUAGCGAGUAUUUGAGCAAAAGUGUAAAUUUCGUGUCUAUUUAUGUCAACACUCAGCCUCCUCUACCCCUGUCUCCGGGAACGGGAACACUGAGUGUGCAUUUGUAACAGCGUAAAGUGUCCGUUUUUGUCUGUAGUCGCGGCGCCGAAUGAAACGCGCACAUGCGAGCGAGGUAGCACGAUAGACAGAUAAUUAGAGCCAGCGGACGAAGGCCGCGGCGAAAGAGAAAGCAACGUCGUCUUGUGCUAUCGUUGGCGAGAAAUUGCAACUGCGAAAAAAAACAGCAAAAUGUCAUCGAUUGUGGACAUUAUCAACCACUACCAGACGAGCAUCAAUAAGUCGCUGCACGAUAAACCGCGGAUUGUCCACUGCAUCGGAAAGCUGUACAAGCUUCCGAUUUCUGUGCGGCAUCUUCAGGACACUGGCAUCGGACGUACGGUCAACAGUCUCCGGAAGUACGACGGUGAGGUUGGCAUAGCGGCGAAAGCAUUGGUGACUAAGUGGAAGGCGAUGGUAGCAGCGGAGGAGUCCGAUGACGGAGCUUCCCAUAACACGGCCGAGGUCGAGGGUAACGAUAGAAAUGGCAAUCGGCAGCAUCGUAGUGACAGGAGUGAUGAAGAUGACGGCCCCAGGGAGGAGAACCACGACGGUCCGAUGGCUGCCGAGAACGAUCAUGACGACACGGCUCCUCCAUCGGAUAACGGAGGCGACGCAGAUACAUACGAAGAGUCUCAACUUCGCGUAGAUGAAGAAUAUGGAGACGAUGCGAACAGUGGCAGUAGCAGUGAAGAUGAGUCUGACGACCAAGAACGGCAACAGCAUAAUGCACAGCAUCAUCAAAACGCCAUAGCUGAGAGCAAACCUGAUGCGAAUCAGUGGAACGAUCAUCACAAUAGCGCCUCGUCCACCAAGGAACAUCAUUCGGCCAGUUCUCGCUCGCAAAACCACCACAGCUCAAGGUCUUCGACAAGUUCCGACAAGCAUCGUAGCCACAAAUCAGACAGCAGACACCAUCGACACCAUGGAGAUGAUCCAAAAUCUCAUAAAUCUUCACUGUCACGCAGUGAACAUGGUAGCUCCACGAAGUCGUCACACAGCGGUGACGACAUUAGGAAAAAGGAUCGCAAUCCUUCAAAACAUCACAACACCAUCGAUAACAGUGGUACAACCGAAGCGGGUACUAGUAGUAAUAGCAGCAGUAGCAAACGAAAAGAUUCUAGUCAAACAGGUGGCAUCGACCACCAAGCGCGUUCGAGGGACGAACGAAGUGAAAGCUCCAAAAGAAGUGCAUCCGAUAGAGAGCACACCGAGGACACGGCAACGUCCACGGCGAAGCGAUCGCGGAAAGACCGUAACGAUAGCGGGUCGGCUAGUGUUGAGUCACAACAGUUUUCCACUCCGCAUUCGAAAGCGUCAUCGAAAGUGUCUUCCUCAUCGUCGUCUUCAAAGCAUCACGAUCGACACAGUAGGACGUCUUCUGGGGAAAAGGGCCGCGAGCACGGCGGCAAAUCGAAACGCAAAGAACGUAAACUUGACAAGCACGAUGAGCCCGAAUCAGCCGAGGAGGAUGUGGUCGAGGGAAUCGAUGGUUCGGCCGGGGCAAGCUUUGCCGAUGCACUCUCCAUGAUCGGUAUGCCAUCGACUUCGAAAAAGAAAUCGUCCUCCGGUGGUGGUGCGAGCAGGGAAAAAGAAAAGGAAAAAAUAACUGUCUCGAAGUCAUCGCCCGCCUCCGGAAGUUAUUCGUCAAAAUCCAAACCAUCAUCCAGCUCGAGUACGAAAGCGACGGUGCCGACCGCACACGAAAUGCUCUCGGAGAAGGUGAAGCUUCAGCCCCUUCCCGAAGCUUCUGAAAUCGUAGAUGCUUUGCCCAUGAUCUCACCCAACUAUCGGCCGAUGCCACUGAACCAAACUGUGAUGGAGUGCGUGUUUCUCGGUGGACAGGGUGGACGUGGCCAGAAACGCCCUAUGACCGAAGAGGAAGCGCUCGGACAGAGCAUGCAAUCGAAGAACAUCCGCACAAAGGUGUACUCCGGUAUGAAAUCGACAACGGCGAAGGGCGUCAUUCCGUCGCUGUACGAUCUGUGUAUUCGACUGCUGCAGGAUCACAUCGAUGAAAUUGGGGCCACGGGUGGUAUACCGUUCUACAUACUGAAGCCAGUGUUGGAGCGAGCCAAUCCGAGCCAGCUGUUGAACCUGGAACACUAUAACCCGCAGUUUGUUGAUGACAGUGACACUCUGUGGGAGCUGCACUGCAAGCGAACAUUCCGGGGGAAGCAGCGGAACGAGGAGUCACUGGAAACGUGGCGAGAAAUGUUCCUCCGAUGCUCCGAAGAGCGGGACGCCAAGCUCAAGAGUUUGACGCAGAACAUAAAGCUCGCCCAGGAACAGGCCGCGGCGCCCAUUCGCAAGACGCAGCUCGCCUAUGUAGACUCAGCCGUGAAACCACCGAGGGCAGUGAUCAACAAACAGGUGAAGUAUGGAACGGCACGAGCCCCAGUCGUCUCACCGGCUGCUCGAGUUGCGGCACUGAAAAGUGGCAAUGUGGCUCAGGUUGGUGAUGCCCGGCUCCGGAUCCUCCCAGGUGCCCGAGACAACGCGCAGUCUCAAGUUUUUCAACCUACGAAACCUCGCAAAGCACCCAUGAUGGCAAAGGUGCUCUCGUCGAUGAAGGGCUUCAAGACGAGCUUCCGACGCUAAAUCGUACGACGCUCACACACGUACCCUUGCGAAAAGCGGUCACAAACAGCAAACAAUGCAUCAUUAGUAAGGAAAAAUGUCCUUUCUCUAGUUCACAAAUGGUGGGGCCUCCGAAUGGCUGAUGGCUAUUCGAUGUGUAUUGGCUAAGUAACUUUUAAUUUAUUUUAAAUUCAAUUCACCUCACAUACCGACUAACAGUGUGCACUCGUUGUUUGUACGAUGCUGCCUAGUGUUUGAUCUGUUUUUAUUGUUUCUUCCAUUUUAUGAUCCCCCUUCUCUUAUGAUAUAUUAUAUUCGAUAUGACUUAGUUUGGUCCAAACCGAAAGGUAAAACCUCAUACUGAUUGUAUUUAAUUUAAAACAUUGGUCGAUUGAUGUAUGGCAUAGACAGGCGAGAAAGGUAUAAUAAAUGACGUAUGAG